CAGCGAGGGGCAUGGAAGGACCAGGCACGGAGAGAGGGAAGGCCCAAACACGGCGGGCAAUUAGCCAUCUACUUCCGGAAUUUAAAGCCGGCUUCCGGAAGCCGAGACUGGGUUUCCAUGACAACCGACGUUGGCUCUUUGAGGUCCUUGCAUCAGAGCCAGGGAAACAGCUCUGAUUUGGAAAAACUAGACUUCUCUCCCCAAAUACCCGGUAGAGAAGCAGAAGUUAUCCUCUACAGAGCUGUGGAAUGUGCACUUGGGAGUCCCCAAAAGCAAACAGAAGAUGCUCCAAACUAGCAACUACAGCCUGGUGCUCUCCCUGCAGUUCCUGCUGCUGUCCUAUGACCUGUUUGUCAAUUCCUUCUCGGAGCUACUCCGAAUGGCUCCUGUCAUCCAGCUGGUGCUCUUCAUCAUCCAGGAUAUUGCAAUUCUCUUCAACAUCAUCAUAAUUUUCCUCAUGUUCUUCAACACCUUCGUCUUCCAGGCUGGCCUGGUCAGCCUCCUAUUCCAUAAGUUCAAAGGGACCAUCAUUCUAACUGCUGUGUACCUCGCCCUCAGCAUCUCCCUUCAUAUAUGGGUCAUGAACCUGCGAUGGAAAAACUCCAGCGGCUUCAUUUGGACAGACGGACUUCAAACACUGUUUGUAUUCCAGAGACUAGCGGCAGUGCUAUACUUCUACUUCUACAAACGGACAGCUGUGAGACUGGGCGACCCCCGCUUUUACCAGGACUCACUAUGGCUGCGAAAGGAGUUCAUGCAAGUCCGAAGGUGACUACUUCAUGUCCCGUUGGCGAAUGCCUUUCCUUCCUGGUAGAAACUUCUGGGCUGCUCUCCAGGGAAGGACAGCCCUUGGCACCAGGAGACACGGACUUCUUAGGACAUGCUCAGGCCAGCUGUGCUCAGCAUUCAAGAAGGAAGACUCUCAGGCGUGGUUGGAAACUGAGGCAGGAGAAUUUUUAUGAGUUUGAGUCCACCCUGGGCCUACCUAGUGAGUUCUAGGAUAGCCUGCAGAGAGAGACCCGAUCUCAGAAAGAAGGAAGACCUUCCCCAUUCCAAGUUAAAGUAUUUCCCCAGACUGUAGAACAAAGUGCAAUCUUGCCUCCUACCUCAGUCCAUCCUUUUCCUUCUCCUCUUGCUCCGUACCACGCACUUUCUCUUCCCCCCCCGUCCUUCCCAAGGGCUCUGCAGCUCUGGAGCUCCCACUCUUUGAAGCUUACGGUUCAUUCAGCUUUUAGGUAUCAGCCUCCCAGCCCACCCUGCUCUCCUGAUACCAUACUUGAGGGACUGGAGGUUAUAGACAAUGAUGGGCGUGUCCUGCUAACCAACCACAUCUUAGUCAUUUAGACUUUAUAACCAAAGUACUUUUUUACAGUUCUAAAAGGAAAUAAAUUGAAUCUCUCUCUCUCUUUUUA